AUGCCGAUCCCCACAUCUUCAGUCUCUGAACGCGCCGGCGGCGGCCUCGACGAGCCACAGGCUCUCGGACCCAGACAACAAGCGGCUCACGGGCUCAGCAGUGGCAAUGGGCAGUCUGGUGGCGCAGUGGGCGCUGGUGUAAACACCGGGGCGGGUGUCACGAGGGAGAAGACGGAGGCGGAGAAAGAGGCGGACCGCCAGUACGAGGAAGCUAUGGAGGAGGAGUAUGCGAAGCGUGAGGGUGGUGCUUAA